AUCCAAUUUCCAAUCUAGGGUUUAAAUUCAUUUCAGUAAACGUAUAAAUACCAAUCUCCACCGUUUCGUCAUCUUCCUCUUGCUCCAGUCGCCGUCUUCAGUCCCGAGGGUUUUUGAGCUCACUUCACCUCUCUUCUCGACUCCCUCCGCGGCCUGAGCAUCCCCUCGAGAACUGUCGAAAUGGCCGUCACUUUCUCAGAUCUCUACGCGGAGUCGGGCCUCAAGGCUCUCGACGAGUUUCUCUCCGGCAAGACCUACAUCUCCGGGCAUCAGCCGACCAAGGACGACAUUAAGGUGUUCGCCGCCGUUGUUGCGGAUCCCGGGAGCUCGUUCCCCAAUGUCAGCAAGUGGUACGGCUGUGUGUCUUCGCAUCUAGCUGCCAGCUUCCCCAGGAAAGCCGCCGGAGUGAAGUUCGGAGGUGCAGCUGCUCCAGCUGAAGAGCCUAAGAAGCAGGAGGCUGCUGCAGCAGAUGACGAUGACAUUGAUCUCUUUGGUGAGGAGACGGAGGAAGAAAAGAAGGCUGCAGAAGAGAGGGAAGCUGCUAAAAAGUCCUCGGCUAAGAAGAAAGAGUCUGGAAAGUCGUCUGUCCUCAUGGACGUGAAACCUUGGGAUGACGAGACUGACAUGAAGAAGCUAGAGGAGGCUGUUCGGAGUGUUAAGAUGGAGGGUCUCUUUUGGGGAGCUUCAAAAUUGGUUCCGGUCGGCUAUGGUAUCAAGAAGUUGCAGAUCAUGCUCACCAUUGUUGACGACCUCGUCUCGGUGGACAACCUCAUCGAGGAUCACCUUCUCACGGAGCCCAUCAAUGAGUACGUCCAGAGCUGCGACAUCGUCGCCUUCAACAAGAUCUAAUAGUGUCUCAUCGGUUUCCUCUGUUCUUACUAUAAAAAGAAAGGGAAAAAAAAACCAUUUUGGUGUGAUGUUUUACUUAACUGUCAUUAGUCCGGUCCUCAUAAUUAUUUUUCUUUGGCCGAUCUCCGAUUUCUGGCCAUUUUUGUCAUUUUCAUCGAAGAUCGAAAGACACAGAACACUGGAUUUGGUUAAUGAUAUGCGGUAUUUUUGUUGAAUGGCAAUACCUUGAA